UGUUUCUCCCGCACUUCACUUCACAUCAUCUUCAUCUCCAGCAGAAGAUCAUCUCGAGAGCUCCUGCGACAGAUCCUCUCCUUCACUCUUCUGCAUUACAGACUCAGUGAACGGGACUCUGCGGUGUCGCGCGCUCGAUGUUGCUCGUGCUCGCAUGUUUCCGGAAUCUGCAGGAUUUGACUUUUUAUUUCUCUGAACGGGAUACAAUGUAACAACUGAGACCGAGAGAUGCACGACUUCUGUUAACUACAGCUGUGAUAAAAUGGGGAAACUUCACUCAAAACAUGCUUGCAAACGUCGGGAAAAUCCUGAGGGGGACAGUUUUGUUGUGAAUGGCUUUAUUUCAAGAAGAGGAGUUGAAGAAGGCGAGAGAUAUGGCACAUCUGGCACCAAUCUGAAAGAUUACAAGGAGCUGCAGAACUGUGAGCUGAAGGACGGACACCACUGCCCUCUACAGGUGAUUUUGCCUCCAGAAAAGGCUGAAGGAUGUGAGCGUUUUCUUCAGUAUCUGCCGUCUGAAGAUGGAGAGAGAGACCUGAAGGAAACCUGCAAAGGGAAGAAGCGCAUCAGUCUGAAUGAUCUGGAGUGUAACGUGUCGCUGGUUGAUGACAACAGGCAAGAGUGGGUCUUUACCCUCUACGAUUUUGACAACUGCGGAAAAGUCACGAAGGAGGACAUGUCCAGUCUGAUGCACACUAUCUAUGACGUAGUGGAUGCCUCCGUCAAUCACUCGUGUAAAAGCAAACAAAAGACCCUCCGAGUCAAGCUGACGGUCUCUCCAGAACCUGGAGCUCGCAGGAGGGACGGGACACACGCCGGGACCGAGAAAGAUGCAAGUCGUUUGAGUCGCAUCGAAUCGGCUAACACUGAGGAGAGACGGCAACACACACACAUCAGAGGUCAGCCUGCUGAAGCUCACGAGAGGAAUCACUAUUGCGUAGAUGAGAACACAGAAAGAAGAAAUCAUUACCUGGAUCUGGCUGGAAUAGAGAACUACACCUCCAGAUUUGACAGUACCUCUCCUCCUGCGGCCCAACAAGAGCCGCCCUCACGGCCUCCACACAACCCGAGUCGUUCCCGGUCCCACGAGCCCGAGACACAGGCCCAUCAGCGCCGGUCGCAGGUCAUGUCCGACCACUGUGUGGCGCUGGAUCCCCGCGUGCGCAACGGGCCCCAGUUCAUCAGAUCCCCCAAGGGGACGUCCAAAGGAGCAGGUGCGGCCAAAAUCAGCAAGUGCCACGGCUACUAUCCCUCCAUGCAUGUCACAGGGGCUCAGGAUGUGUACCAUCUACCCCAGCAGAACCAGCCUCAAGCCCCGUCGGGUCACCAACACCCUCUCCAGCACAGUCACAGCAAGAGAGUGAGAGCCAAAGCCAGAGAACAAGCCCUGUCUCCUUCAAAACAACCCUCACCUGCGCCGGACCGCGAGCAGAACGCCGGCUUAAUGCGUCCGGUGGUCCAGCGACAUGAACACCACCAUCAUCACGAACAUCAUCAUCAUCACCACUACCACCACUACCAUCAGACAUGACUCCACCCUGCGACGGGACGCUCAGCCCGGGACGAUUCUUCAGUCAUUUCAUGGAGCGGAAACUC